UGUAUUCAUUACUGAAAUGUUAACUAGUUUUCCUCUCUGUCAUUUAGAUUCACUUGAAAGUGACAGUUCUCAGACAGCUGCCAAUGAGGAUUCUCUGGAAAGUGAUAAAGAAAAUCAUUCCGAAAUAGCUGCCAGUGAGGACUCACUUGAACACGAUCCAGAAAAUGAGCCGGAUUACACACCUGUCAAUGAAGGUGCCAUUGGUAAUCGGGGAAGGUCAAGGAAGAGGGCCAACCCAGACACUUGGAAGGGUAACAUCCAGAAAAGGAAAAGAAUGAGGGGCCAAUCUUAUCUUGGACAGAAAAAAAAUGAAUUUGUCAUCAAAGAAGAAAGAAAAAUGGGCGGCCGGUGCCAAUCUGUGUCCUGCAAGAAAUCAAGCAAACUACACUGCUCCGAAAUUGAUGAAGGGAAGAGGGAGGAAAUUUUCAAGUAUUUUUGGGGGAAAUUGGAAUGGAAAGAGAGGAGAAUGUAUGUGAAAACAUCGGUGGAGGUGAGUGAUGUCAAGCGGCGCCGGACAAAAGCGGUUCAAUCUCGGAGGUCAGCAUCUCUCUUUUGUUGUUUAUGUGUAGAUGAUAAAAGGCUCAGAGUUUGUCAAAGGAUGUUCCUGUCUACACUUGGCAUCAAGCAGUGGACUUUUUUAAAGUGGGUUGGGAGAAGAGGGGAAAGUCCUGAGAAGAUGGUGAGAGUGAGUGUAAGGACAGAGGAGCAGGACUUCCUAAAGACCUUCCUUCUGGAUCUGCCAAAAGUUCGCUACUGCAGGUCCUCCUCAUCAAAGAUGUACCUGGAGCCUUUCUUCAAGUCCAUCAGUCAUCUCCACACACAGUUUAAGCAAUCAUGUGCAGACCACAGCAUCCAGCCUCUGUCACGGCAAGUAUUCACUAACACCUUCAACGAUUUAAAUCUUUCUCUGUUCCAUCCGAAGAAAGAUCAGUGUGACACUUGCUGUGCCUUCAAAGCUGGGAACAUCGAGGCUGCCGUGUGGGAGGAACACUGUGUUAAAAAGGACGAUGCACAAGCAGAAAAGGUAAAGGACAAACAACUUGCAAACAACACCACCUUGGUUGCAUGUGUCACGGGUGACAAGAACACUCAGCGAGCGGAACCCUCUUGACGAGUCACGAGUUUCCCGAGGGAACGAUUUGUGUGCGACACAUCCCACUCCGGUUCCGGGUGCCGGCAGAAACAUUGUCCGGCCUGAUUAGCGCUAAUGCACUGCAGGUGCGAGAGAGAGAGGAGCGGCGUGCACAUAGGCUUCCUGCUUUACAAGCAAAGGAUAAAAGGGCUAUUCAGAGAAGU